CGGAAAAGCCGGCUAUAAACUGAGCAGACGACAACUGUCCUCAAAAACUCAUGCAAAUUGGCGCGCAAUUGCAGCCUGUGUGUAUAACACAUGUAAUGCGUUUAUGCUGCAAUGAUUGUAUCGACAAUUUCAGCUGAAAAUAUAUGGUGAGAAAAAGCAGAUCGCUGAAAAACAUUCAUUACGAGAACUUCACUGCUGACUGGAGUACGGUGCCGAGAUGGGGUCGUUUUUGACGAUGUAGCUUUGGAGGCAACAUGGCGUGUUUUCACGACAAAAUGACGUGAGCGUUUUUCAUUGGUAGAACUCUAACCUGACAAUGAAGCAGUAGUGAGCAGUUACAGUAUCCACCUUCACACCCUCUGGAUGUAAUUGAUUCGCUCUUCCACAAAUUGGAAACCAAGCCAGGCUCCCCGUAAACCAUGGAGUUUGUACAGACUGGUUCCCGGUUCGCCCCCAGCCUCUGCAACCCAAUCACGACCAGAGCAAGUACCGGGAAGGCCAAGUCGACACACCACGGGAUUGCCAGACCGGUAGCGCUGAAAAGCGCCGUGUCACCGCCAGAGACAAUGUGCGGAUUCAACGAAAAGGAUUCGCAAUUGGAGCGAACCCCAAUUACGAAUGACGGCCAUUUUCCGAAGAAGUUGUGCGCGUGGCCCACGAGUCCGGCUGGGGCCGGGCUCGGCCACACCUUACCGGGGUUCGAAUCUUCAAAAACAUGGGCUGAUUACUGCAGGCAUUUUUCGCAGGAAAGUAACUAUCAUCUCGCUGGGAAUUUGACGAAACCAGACGGUCAAGAGAGCAUGAGUAGGACAUCACACGGGAGUGAAUUUGACGGUAAAAAGGAUACCGCCGCGUCACCGCUCGAGGGAAAGUUACGGCAACAUGCGCCCUCUGUUGACGCGUUGGACACCAGGAAUGGCGGUGGUACCGGUGAGUCGAAGCGAAGUGCGUUCCGCGAGGUUGCGAGACGCCAGGGGACCGGACUUUACGAUCAGCGCACGACACCCUCGACUUGCUCCUCCUCCUCCUCCUCCCCCUCCACUUCAAUAUUGAGACAACGUGGAGGAGACGUGCACGAUCAUCCUCAAGAAAUACCAAGUGACAAAACAUUACCAUAUAGCCUAAAUUCAGCGAUAUCGGUUCACACUCCCCUCCUACCAAACCAAUUAUUCUACAGCUCCUCCUCACAACCUCUGUCAGUGUCAGCAAUGGGUGGCAGCAUUCCACACAACAGUACUGAACUCGGGGAACGUUUCAGGGCGCCAUCUUUGAUCCCAGUGAAGCAACAACUACACGCAGAUUUCGUGAAAUACACCCCGGACAAACAUCACAGAAAUCCGUACAGCCCCGGGGCCAAGGUGUCCCAAAUCAACACCAGCCCGAUCAGGGAUACGUCUGCUCUCCAUUUUGGAGCAUUUCAAAACAACGCCCCCACCGGCAAGAUGAUGAACUCUUUGCCAGUUCCAUGGCAACAACAGCCGGUUUUCCCCGCUGGUGUCCUGCCGCUUUCAUCCAGCGUUGCAACGCCCCAGUACGACAAUUGGUGCGCAAAAUGCAACGCAAGCUUUCGAAUGACGAGCGAUCUUGUUUACCACAUGAGAACGCAACACAAACGGUCGGCCGAGGGAAGUAGCGCCACCAAUGACAAACCUGGCACCAAGCGCUCUGCAGAGGAGAAACUGAAGUGCGACUUCUGUGGGGAGACGUUCAGAGAGCGCCACCACUUGACGAGGCACAUGACGUCACACAACAACAAUGAAUAAUUUAUGUCCCUUCUUGUGGGAUAUUACGAAAACGACAUCUAAAAUUUCUGGUCUGUUCUCCAUAUUCAAACAUUGCCUGUUUUCUGCGCCGAGAUAAUGGCCGAGUUAGUUCGGGCGGUGUUUUCUUGGCACGAGGGAGCUGUUCGCACGUGCGCCCGAACGAUGAGAACGAGACCCGAGAACAAUACACUCGCUACAAUACACUCGCUACAAUAUCACACACGACCUUUCAUCGGGGGUUUCGAAAACAAAAAUGGCGGCAGCAUCUCAAGGAGAACGAGUAAAUUAGUUUAAAAUGACUAUAAAAUAGAUUGUUAUAGUUAAUUUUAAUCAAUUGAAAGUUAACAUUAAUCUAGACUACAGUCUAGUCAUCAUCCCAAAGAAAUAGGUCGAAAGGUUGUCUCUUUCUACCGUCAGGUUUCCGACACUUACAAAAACCAGCCUAUUUUUUUGAGUUGACGUGCCGCGUGGUCACAUUAAUUGACCAUGAGUAGUACCGAAUCAAUAUUGGAGGCUCUAAUCACAUCGUCGUUUGAGCGGAUGAAACAAGAACGGUGAUCCUACUUGUUCGUUCUCGAUUAUCCAAAAAUAAACAGCCCGUACUCGGCCAUUGAGUCUAAGUAGCGCCCUCUACUGCCAUGUUUAGUAGACUGGAUUACGUAUCGUCAACAUUUUAGUGCGGCCAAGGACCACCCAUAGAUUUCUGUACCUGCGACAUGACACCGCACGUGUUUGUUGUGAUUAUCACAAAGAAAUGAAUGUGUUGCUCUUGAUGGCUUUUGAAAACUCAUAAACAUUCUCUUUUGUGGUUAAACGCGAAGUCAUCUUUUACUUUGCUAAAAAAGGCACAUAACCGCUCUAUCAAGACUUUGAAAAAUUGUCCUUACUCGGUGGUUACGUACGUUGUGCAAUUGCAUUACACUGCACUUCCAAUAUUGCAAUUAGAGAAGAGAGAGUCAGAAAUUAGGUUUGAUGGGUUCGAUUCCCACAAAAUAUUCAUGCUGGUUUUUUUAUAGAUCACUGUAGUUGAACACAAUAAUCAUGGGUUUUUAAUCAUUGCACCACGCAAUACGCGGCAACAAAAGAUGGCAGCCAAAUGCAAAGGUGUCUAUUCAAAUUAUUGUCACGAUGACAUAAUCACGAUAUUGUGAUGAUGACGUCAAGGGAAAUGUGCCAUCGGUGUUCUAUUCUUUAUUAUUAUGAAGUUGAUGAAAUAAAACAAGAUGGCUGCAACACGACUAAAGUAUUAUUACAACAA